CCCCUCCCUUUCUCCACCCCUUACCAGCACAAACAGCAGUGUGAUAUUUACAUUAGAAACGACUUUACUUCAUCUUCACCCUUCUAAUUCACAAUAUUCAUCAGCUUUUUGAGAAGCAUCUAAGAAAUAAGACGCUGAUCUGUUGUUUUUCAUUCUGGCGAGGACCAAAGCAAGGAAUAUUUCAUCAUCCUGUCGCUUGUGACAUCGGGAAUCGCAGGAUUAUGAUAUUUUCCUGAAUGUUGUGUGUCGUGGGAGAUUUAAGGGUUGGGAUCUAUGAGGCCAUUUGGAAGCUGAAGACCCACUUUGAAAACAGCCUUUGUAUUGUUUUGAGUAACCGAGUAAAAAAACAUAAUUUAUGAGAUAUGUCUUCUUGUUAACGUAGGAUAUAGAUAUAGAUACAUUUAAAAUAGACCGGAUUUGGAGAUCAACUCCAGCCCGCAGUGAUGCUCAGUGUCUGGACUGACUUUUAAUACGCGCACUCAGACGGAAAUGGAAACCUGGACAUUUUAAAUCAUUGAUCACUUUGAAGAGCAGAUUCAUAAACAUAGACUAGCAACCAUAGCAUAGCUUAAUCUGACACUCAGAUGUAAAAGUGAUCGAGGUUUCCUGGGCUUCCCUGAUCUAGGGAUUAGUUGUAUUCAUUAUAACGGAAGAACAGUCUUCGGAGAGUCCAUCAUGCCCACCUCUCGGUCCGGCGCGUGCACGGUGGAAUACUGGGUCGAUGGAUCGCGCCGAGAUGCGACAGUGGAGGAUUUCUAUAACAUGGGCCCAGAAUUAGGCAGGGGUGCCACAUCUGUUGUGUUUCGCUGUGAAGAGAAGCAGACUGAGAAACCUUAUGCUGUGAAGGUCUUGAAGAAAACUAUUGACAAGAAAAUUGUGAGGACUGAGAUUGGAGUCCUGCUGCGUCUGUCUCAUCCAAAUAUUAUUCGUCUGAAGGAAAUUUUUGAGACAGAGACAGAGAUCUUUCUCAUCCUAGAGCUGGUCACAGGUGGAGAGCUCUUUGACAGGUAUUAUGUCCCCCAUUAAUUAGAUGCAAUUCAAAUGUGAAACAGGCUUUAGGACAUUCA